AUGUCAGUCGAGGAUAAGAGGCCAACAUCUGUUGCUGAUACAAGUCAGGCUUACAAGAGACCCAGAGAAGAGUUGACAGAUAGCACCUACCUUGAGGGUUCAUCUGAAAGCAGAUUAAUAGCCACACCAGUCAGUUAUAAACGGCCAUCAUCCAUUGAUGUUGGUGAUCAGAUUUCUAAGCGAGUCAAGCAAGAGUUUACUUGUCAUGAUCCUGGUGAAGGUAGGGAAAUCCCACCAGUUCAAGAAAGUCGUCAGUCUCAAUGUGAUUCCAUAGCCAAUGAGCCGAGUACAAUAGACGAUCUCUUUCUAAAGCCGCUCCUUUGGGAGAACACGUUAAAGCUCCCUCUUGAUGAUGUUUACACAAUAUUGUCAAUGGUGGGGAGAAGAAAAACAGAUUUUAGAUUAGAAGACAGAAAAGUGAAGAUGUUUGACAUCUUCAAAACACUCAACCAAAGCGGAGAAUCUAUGGUGCUCGUAGAAGGAAGCCCUGGAAUUGGAAAGACAACUUUUUGUCUUAAAAUUUCUCACGACUGGGCAAACCAAAAUAUCCCAAAUGAAUCUGCUUUUCCAAUUUUCAAACUUUUGCUGCUGCUGAGAUGCCGAGACAUUCAGGGAGAUUUAAUAGAUGCCAUUGUUGAUCAGCUCCUCCCUGAAGGUAUGGAUGGGAAAGGUUAA